UCAAGUGACACAAAUUCCUGUAUUUGACGAGGUUAGCGGGCUUUAAAAGGCCCGCAGCGCAAACAUCCACUUCACACCCGAUUACGUCCGACACGUGCGAUGACAGCUCUUAACUUGGUCCCAUUUCUUUUGGUUGCUGUCAUGUUGCCCGGCGCUUUAACUCAAGGAGGAUUGCCCAGUUGUUGUCGCAAAAUUUCUGACACGCACGUCCGUCGAGCUCUGCUGACCAAGUACUACGUUCAACGACCGCCUGCUUGUUCUUUGCACGUUGUGGUUUUCAUCACAGUACAAAACAAGAGAAUCUGCGCUGACCCUUACAAGCUGUGGACCAAAACCAGCAUGGCAUACCUCGAUGGGAAGAACGGCCAUGCCCAAAAGAACGGCACGCAAAGGAAGCACACAAUUUCUCGUGAACUGCAGUAACUUUUUUCCAUCUUAAAACCUCCAUGAACCUUUUUUUUUUUUUUUUUUUAGAAAAACUGCAAUGAUAAAGCUAAUUGUGUUUCAAGGACUCUAAAUAUCAAGAGCAAAACAUUGCUGUUUCAAGAAGUGUGUAUCAAACUGGUAGCCCUUUGCAAGAAGUAGCUCUUAGUUGAAAAACAAAAAAAAACUGGUCACCCCUCCAGUACUGCCUCGCCAAGUCAAGCAGAAACCAAGUAGUCACAUCCAAAUUAGGAAAGUGCGAUUGGUUCUGUCAAAAAGUUGGAAGUAAGCCAAUGUUUGGAGUAGAUCCUUAAUUAAAGAAAGGAUUUUGUGAGGCAUUUCUGGGAAGAAAAUAAAUAAAAGAAAGCUGCCAGCUGUCAAAUCUGA